AAGCCUCUAGCAGCAAGAUGCCAGGAAAGAACGUCAUUCGCGCGUCUGUCGUACAGACAUGCACCGCGCAGUAUUCCCUCCCCGAUACACUCGACAAGCUCGACCGCUUCACGCGUCAGGCUGCGCAGGAGGGUUCGCGGCUAGCGGUAUUUCCUGAGGCCUUUGUGGGCGGCUAUCCAAGGUACAGCACGUUCGGCUGUCGCGUCGGUUCCUGGCCCACUCCUGAGGGCAGGGACGAAUUCGUCAGAUACCACAGCUCUGCGAUAGAGGUUCCCGGCUCGGAGGCCGUGACACGUAUGGAAGCCAUUAGCCGGGAGACCGGCGUAUUUCUGGUGGUGGGGGUAGUUGAGCGCCAUUUAGGCACGCUUUACUGCACGGCAGUCUUCGUGGACCCUGUCGAGGGUUAUGUCGCCAAGCACCGCAAAUUGGUGCCCACCGUGAUGGAAAGAAUCGUUUGGGGGCAAGGAGAUGCGGCACAUAUGCCGGUCCACGAGGCUACAUUUAUCCCGAAAAGUGAAGGACAGGCCGUGAAGGCCAAAAUAUCGGCAACUAUGUGCUGGUACGGCACCCAGAUCUAUUGUGCACCGACGAUCGACGACGGUGAUGGCUGGCUACAUUCGAUGCACCACAUCGCUCUCGAAGGACGUUGCUUUGUCCUCUCAGCAAUCCAAUACGCCGAAAACAAGGAUUACCCUGAAGGGCAUGCUGUGGCCAACGAGAAUGACCCGAUCGAGCCGAAUGUUAUGAUCGCGGGAGGCAGCGUCAUUAUCAGCCCUCUUGGAAAGACUCUGGCAGGUCCAUUGAAGAAGCAGGAGGGCAUUCUCACUGCUGACCUGGAUUUGGACGAGAUCGCUCGUGGCAAGUUCGAUCUCGACGUUGUUGGACACUAUUCCAGACCUGAUGUUUUCGACUUCAAGCUGUUGAAGCGAGAUGAGUAAAGUACGUCGAUGCAAGAGAUAGCUGUAAUGUCGAAGAAGAGAGUUGCCGCAGGAAAUAUGCACAUUUUGUGAGCCAUGUACUAUCACCAAAGUGUGCCCUUCAUGAAGUAGCUGUAAUGAAGGGGCGUAUGUUCGUUUUGCACAUGUAAAUUCAG